GCGAUCAAAGCCCUGAACACGUGGAUACGCCUGGAGAAGGGUGAGACACACGACGACAUGUACCAAGGCCUACAGCACAUGGCCGCCUUCUUAUCUGUGCUAGACAACCCAACCAUUGCGCACAAGUACACAUUCCAGGUAAGGACGUAUGUAAUGGCAUCUACGAGAACGGUUACUAUGGUAUAA